GCAGCAUCUCUUACCCAUUCGCCGAUUAUCCGUCGCGUGUGAAAAUUAAAAAGUGAAAAAUGACAGGUCGCGGAAAAGGCGGGAAAGGUUUGGGAAAGGGUGGCGCCAAACGUCACAGGAAAGUGUUGCGUGACAACAUCCAGGGCAUAACAAAACCAGCCAUCAGAAGAUUGGCGAGACGAGGCGGAGUGAAGAGAAUUUCUGGGCUGAUCUACGAAGAAACCAGAGGAGUUUUGAAAGUGUUUUUGGAAAAUGUAAUCCGCGACGCUGUCACGUACACGGAACACGCGAAGAGGAAGACUGUCACGGCCAUGGACGUCGUCUACGCCUUGAAGAGACAGGGACGCACGUUGUAUGGCUUUGGCGGAUGAUUCAUAAAAGUGAAUAAUUUUAUAAAUAUUGUAAAUUGAUUAGGUAUUUUGGCAUUGGACCUGACAAAGUCCUUUUCAGGGCUGAAU